CGGGUCUUAUUGAUAGUCCCCAAGAGCCGGUGGGGGUUGUUGGGGCAACCCGAUAGGACGCCUGGUGCGGCAGGCGCUGAGGCUUUCGCGAGUCCCCCAUCGCGAGGCUGUGUCCCUCUUCGCCCGGCUCCGGGUGCUCUCGGGCCGCCGGCCUGCUCCCGGAAGACACGGAAGCUAGAGUGCUUUUCUUCUUCAACUAUAAAUAUUUUUUGCUGUCAACGGAGCAGUCCAGGGAUGAACAUUUCAUAAUUGGACGUAUAACUUAAACACGUGGAAACAGUCAAGAUGGACAAAAAGUCCUUUGAAACCGUGCUGGAUGAAAUUAGAAAGGCUGUUUUGACAGAAUACAAAUUAAAAGCAAUUGAGUAUGUGCAUGGAUACUUCUCUAGUGAACAGGUGGUUGAUUUAUUGAGAUAUUUUUCCUGGGCCGAGCCUCAAUUAAAAGCAAUGAAGGCAUUACAGCAUAAAAUGGUGGCUGUUCACCCAGCAGAAGUGGUCAAUAUACUCAACUGUUUUACCUUCAGUAAAGACAAGCUAGUUGCUCUUGAACUAUUAGCUUCGAACAUUGUUGAUGUACAGAAUUCUCGUCCCAUUGAGGAUUUAUUCAGGAUAAAUAUGUCUGAGAAGAAACGGUGCAAGAGAGUACUUGAACAGGCUUUCAAGGGCGGCUGCAAAGCUCCCCAUGCUAUGAUAUCUUCUUGUGGAACAAUCCCUGGAAAUCCGUAUCCCAAAGGAAAACCUAGUCGAAUAAAUGGAAUUUUCCCAGGAACCCCUUUGAAAAAAGAUGGUGAAGAAUGUACCAAUGAAGGCAAAGGAAUAGCUGCACGGAUUCUUGGACCAUCCAGACCACCUCCUUCAACAUACAAUCCACAUAAACCUGUUCCUUAUCCAAUACCUCCAUGCCGGCCACAUGCAACUAUUGCACCAAGUGCUUACAAUAAUGCAGGUCUGGUACCGUUAGCCAAUGUCAUUGCUCCAGGUAUACCCCCUCCACCUCCAUAUACUCCGAAUCCAGUAGGAACAGAAAAUGAAGACCUUUCCAAUCAGUCAAAACCUACACAAAAUCAAACAUUUUCUACCCCAGCAAGUCAGCUCUUUUCACCUCUUGGUUCUAAUCCUUCAACACCUGCUGCAACUCCUGUUCCCACUGCAUCCCCAGUCAAGGCAGUAAAUCACCCAUCAGCAUCAGCAGCUGCCACUGUUGCUGGAAUGAAUGUACCAAAUGCUAUCCUUCCUGUGUUCCCAGGGCAGGUCUCCUCAGCCAUCCAUACACCUCAGCCAUCAAUACCAAACCCAACUGUGAUCAGGACCCUUUCGUUGCCUACUGCACCUGUAACUUCCAUCCACAGUACAACCUCUGCUCCUGUUCCUUCCAUUUUUUCUGGCCUAAUGCCAUUGCCAGGUCCUUCUGCUCCACCUACCCCUGCCCCUCAGGCUACGUCUAUACUUCGAGCCACUCUUACUUCCAGUGAAGCAUUUGCUUCCACUUCUGCCCCUUACACUAGUCACUUCUUUUCCACCAACACUACUGCUGCUUCUACCAAUAACCCCAAUUCCACUUCAUUGUCAUCAGUGUUUCCAGGUCUCCCUCUCCCCUUAACACCAACAUCCCAAGGUGUAUCCAAUUCGACUCCUGUGAUUACUGGUGGUUCUGCUCCCAGCGUUGCAGCUUCACUUGGCAUAAAUAAUCCUCUUUUGUCUGUUUUAAAAGGCAUUCUGACAUCAAAUGACACCAAUUUAAUCAAUUCCUCUGUUUUGUCAUCUUCUGUCACAAGUGGGCUGGCUUCAUUAUCCUCUCUUACUAAUCAGAGAGCCUCAGCCCCUAACAAGUGCUAUGCCCCAUCAGCCCUUCCUGCCCCACAGAGGUCUUCUACUCCCAGGCUGGCCAUGUUCCCAGGCCUGCCGUUUCCUGUGGCUUCCUCAACCGCCACUCCCCCUACACUGCCUGUGCAGUCUUCUUUGGCCACUGUUACAUCCUCUUCAACAUCAGUGCCAGUGAGCUGUGGCUCUUCAGCUGCCCUCUUGCAUGGUCCCCACCCAGGUACUUCAGACCUGCACCUUUCAUCCACCCCUGCUAUGACAACUAUUCCUGUUAUGAUCAAAACUGAACCCACAAGUCCUAUUCCCUCCGCUUUUAAAGGCCCCUCUCAUUCCAUGAAUCCCCCUCGUGGCACUUUAGGCUUGUCAGGGACUUUGGGCCGUACAUACACUUCUGCAUCAGUGCCCAUCAGUUUGUCUACUUGCCUUAAUCCUGCAUUAUCAGGUCUCUCCAAUUUGAGUACUCCCUUAAAUGGUUCAAAUCCCCUUUCCUCCAUUUCCCUUCCACCACAUGUUUCCUCCACUCCUAUCACUCCAGUAUUCACUGCUCUUCCUCCUUUUACUUCUUUGACCAAUAGUUUUCCUUUACCUGGGAAUCCCUCUCUGAACCCAUCAGUAUCUCUCCCAGGGUCAUUAAUAAUCACCUCAUCUAGCGCUGCCACCUCCACAGCCAUGCCUCCUCCUAGCUCGACAGCAGCUGUUCUCUCAGGGCUCUCUGCUUCAGCGCCAGUCUCGGCAGCCCCCUUCCCCCUCAACUUGUCUACUGCUGUCCCCUCACUUUUUUCAGUUACUCAAGGACCUCUGCCCUCUUCAAAUCCUUCCUACCCUGGCUUUUCUGUUUCUAAUACCCCCAGUGUUACCCCUGCUCUCCCUUCGUUCCCGGGACUGCAGGCGCCCUCCACAGUCACAGCUGUCACACCACUGCCUGUUGCAGCCACAGCCCCCUCACCAGCGCCUGUCCUCCCAGGAUUCGCUUCAGCGUUUAGUUCUAAUUUCAACUCUGCUCUUGUUGCACAAGCCGGUUUAUCAUCUGGACUCCAAGCUGCAGGCAGCUCUGUUUUUCCAGGCCUUCUGUCCCUCCCAGGUAUCCCUGGGUUUUCCCAGAAUCCUUCACAGUCGUCCUUGCAAGAAUUACAGCAUAAUGCAGCUGCACAGUCAGCGUUGUUACAGCAGGUCCAUUCAGCUUCUGCUCUAGAAAGCUAUCCAGCUCAGCCUGAUGGCUUUCCAAGUUACCCCUCAACACCAGGAACACCAUUUUCUUUGCAACCAGGCCUGUCCCAAAGUGGGUGGCAGUGAAUAUUUGAAAAUUUUUAUUCUUGGGAACAACAUGAAAUUUGCCUAAGAACUGCAGAGAACAAUCUGACAAAUGUGAAGUCAGCCAAAAA